CCGGAAGUGUAGACAUGCGCAGUUGAUAAGCUGUUAGCAGCUGCGUUGUCAACCAAAAGACAGGCGUGAUUGUUUUUUUUUCUGUUUUUAUUUUUGAGUUUGAGUCUAUAUUCUUUACAAAUGGCUGGUACUGCGUUAAAAAGACUGAUGGCUGAGUAUAAGCAGCUGACUCUAAACCCACCCGAGGGGAUCGUUGCAGGCCCUGCAAAUGAAGAGAACUUCUUUGAGUGGGAGGCUUUAAUUAUGGGUCCAGAGGACACGUGUUUUGAGGGCGGAGUAUUUCCGGCCCUCCUCUCCUUCCCGUCGGACUACCCCCUCAGCCCUCCUAAAAUGAGAUUCACCUGUGACAUGUUUCACCCAAACAUUUACCCAGAUGGCCGUGUGUGUAUCUCUAUCCUGCAUGCUCCAGGAGACGACCCAAUGGGCUAUGAGAGCAGUGCUGAGAGAUGGAGUCCUGUCCAGAGUGUGGAGAAGAUCCUACUGUCUGUAGUCAGUAUGUUAGCAGAGCCCAAUGAUGAGAGUGGAGCGAACGUUGAUGCGUCUAAGAUGUGGCGUGAGGACCGAGACCAGUUUUACAGCCUGGCCCAACAGAUCGUCCGCAAGUCCCUGGGUCUCUAAUAACAACGACGUCACAUCGUCUAUGCAUGUCCCAAAUGGCAUCCUAUUCCCUAUAGCACGCACUACUUUAGAGUCAACGUUAUAUGAGGCCUGGUCAAAAGUAGUGCACUAUAAAGGGAACCUCUGUCUGGAUCUAACCUACCGCUUCCAUUUCACCCAACAUGUCACCAGGACAGGAAGUUGUCAUAACCAGGAAGUUACAGGAGACUACAGUGACAAUUUAGACUAGCUGGUAAGCAUGGAGACGGCAGAUGACUGAUGGCUCCAUCUCUGGCUGUUUCCAUGGGUAUGAUGAACCCACAAAAACCAUUUGACUCAAAGGACCCGUUUCGUUCCGUUGUCACCUUUCUCUCUCUCUCUCUCUCUCUCUCUCUCUCUCUCUCUCUCUCUCUCUCUCUCUCUGUCUCUCUGUCUCUCUUUCUCUCUCCCUCUCUCUCUCUCUCUCACUCUCACUCUCUCUCUCACUCCCCCUCUCUCUCUCUCUCUCUCUCUCUCUCUCUCUCUCUCCUCCUCUCUCUCUCUCUCCUUCCUCUCUCUCUCUCUCUCUCCUUUCUCUCUCUCCUUCCUCUCUCUCUCUCCUUCCUCUCUCUCUCCUUCCUCUCUCUCUCUCCUUCCUCUCUCUCUCUCUCUCUCUCUCUCUCUCUCUCUCUCUCUCCUCCCUCUCUCUCUCUCUCUCUCUCUCUCUCUCUCUCUCUCCUUCCUCUCUCUCUCUCUCCUUCCUCUCUCUCUCUCCUUCCUCUCUCUCUCUCUCUCUCCUUUCUCUCUCUCCUUCCUCUCUCUCUCUCCUUCCUCUCUCUCUCCUUCCUCUCUCUCUCUCUCUCUCUCUCUUCCUCUCUCUCUCUCUCUCUCUCCUUUCUCUCUCUCCUUCCUCUCUCUCUCUCCUUCCUCUCUCUCUCCUUCCUCUCUCUCUCUCCUUCCUCUCUCUCCCUCUCUCUCUCUCUCUUCCUCUCUCUCCUUCCUCUCUCUCUCUCUCUCUCCUUCCUCUCUCUCUCUCUCUCCUUCCUCUCUCUCUCUCUCUCCUUCCUCUCUCUCUCUCUCUCUCCUUCCUCUCUCUCUCUCUCCUUCCUCUCUCUCUCUCUCUCUCUCUCUCUCUCUCUCUCCUUCCUCUCUCUCUCUCUCUCCUUCCUCUCUCUCUCUCUCCUUCCUCUCUCUCUCUCUCAAGCACUUUAUGUUGUUGUCUCAAAGGAAUAUGUGCCCAGAAUGCCAUUCACUCUGCAAUAUGGCUACAUAGAGGUGCUGUGACUCAUUGGAAUAGUAAAUAAAUAAUAAAAGCGUU